CUUACACAACUGAAUUUAAAAACCACUGCAGAGCACACAGAGCCGAGAGUUCAAGAGGUCACUAUGUCAGGCAUACAAGACCGCCGGUCAACCCCCCCGACAUUGGGCAUGUUCCUUCGAGAGGCAGCCAAGGAUUGUGAUGACAUCGAAUACCUUGGCGAGAUGGCCCGUGGUCUCUUGCAUAUAGGUCAUCGUCUCUGUUCACUCACUGGACGGGACGAUGAGGUCCGCUUCGUUCUCCAGGACAACAACCAAAAAUACCUCGUCGAGCUCGCAAUGCUGUUUCCUUUUGAAUCGUGUGAAGAGCUCGUGCAGUGGAUAAAGCUAGUCUUCAAUCAAAGCCAACACCCUUCAACCGAUGUGAACCAUACAUCCAGCUCUACAACCUUGCCUCAUCAUCUCGCUAGCUACGAAGCUACCUGCACCCAGAGCGAUGACGUAGCCCGCCAAGAUGAUUCUCCCACUAUGUUAGAAUCUACCUUGACAGAGAGUGAUGCCGUGAGCUGCAUUACCAGUUCUGUGGCUGCAUCUCAUGUCAUCGCCAAGUUCCAAUCCGUCUUUAACCAGGACAACGAGCUGGUUACUCCGACUGAUCUAACUGAAUUGGGCUCUCUUCCCGACGAAUCUGUGCAUGAAAUGGUGCGAGAAGAUGCCAAGGACAGAAGUACUUACAGCGACAACAACUGUACCUCCGGUGUUGACACACGACUGCAAAAUACAGCAGACUUAGGGCCCGGUAGAGACCUGUGUGGCAUUGGAGAAUUUCUUCCUACUGUACUGAAGGAGGCCCCAGGAAGGCUUCCACUCACUGCCGACCUUUGCGAUGGCGUCUCAAGUGCUAACAACUGUCGUGCUAUCUCCAUCCGCAAAAACUGGGAAGUCUUGGACAUUGGUAGAAGUGCUAGGGCAGAGGUCGAGCACCUGGAAACCUCCUGUAUGACACAGGAACUGGAUAGCAGACUUCUCAACAUUCAUAGGGGCGAGUUUGAGUCCAUCUUCCGUUGGCGCCCAGGGUCAACUAUCCCGUACAGUGUCGAUUACGACUCCUUUCCAGGUGGACGUGUUAGUAGUGGUGCCAACUAUCCUCUCUUCGUCGAGCCGGGCACAGAUCCAUAUAUAUUCAAGCUGAAGUAUAUAUCCACUCCGAUGCCCAGCUUCUACGCAAUAUCGUUUUUCCCAGCUCAUGCAUUGGUGAGCCGCGGACCACUUGAACUUGGCAUCUAUAACAACUCCUUCUGCAUUCCAGCGCGCCAUAAAAUGGCGAUGACCUUCCUGCAUGAGGGCGGCCAUAUUCUAGGAGGCCGACAUCCAAACGCGCGCGAGGCUGGGGAGCGCGAGCCCUUUGUUGAACUGGACACCACCAGCAAUGAUUCGAUUCUGGCCUCUCGCCACCCUGAAGACCUUCAGCUUUAUCCAGAGGAUAUCCGAUCUCUCAAAAACCUCUAUACAUUACCGGAAGGACAUGAAGUCGAGGGCUACCCCAUCUGUAACAUUGAUCCUGAGUCUGUAUUCGAGUGGUGGAGAGUCAUAGGUGUGAGAUACUAA